AUGACCAAAGCCGUACCAGACACCUUUCAAGGAUUCGCUGUUUCUGAUCCAAAAAAUUGGAACAAACCAAAGUUGGCAUCAUUCGAAAGAAAGCAGAUCAACCCACAUGAUGUUGUUUUGAAGAACGAAGUGUGUGGUUUGUGCUACUCGGAUAUUCACACGUUAGCAGCCAAUUGGUCCCCAAUUCAAAGAGAAAACUUGGUUGUUGGUCACGAAAUCAUUGGUGAGGUCAUUGCAGUAGGUGAUGAAGUAACCGAAUUCAAAGUUGGAGACCGUGUUGGAAUUGGUGCAGGCUCUUCCUCAUGUCGUGGAUGCAACAGAUGUAACUCCGACAACGAACAAUACUGUAAACAAUUCGCAGCAACAUACAACUCCAAAGAUGUCAGAUCAAACGACUACAUCACUCAAGGUGGUUACUCUUCACACUCCAUUGCUGAUGAAAAAUUCGUGUUUGCAAUCCCAGAAGACUUGCCAUCAUCCUAUGCUGCUCCACUUAUGUGUGCUGGUAUCACCGUGUUUUCCCCAUUGAUCAGAAAUUUGGAAUUAGAUGCAAAGGGAAAGAAUGUAGGUAUUAUUGGUAUUGGUGGAUUGGGCCACUUGGCUUUGCAAUUUGCUAACGCUAUGGGCGCCAAUGUUACUGCUUUCUCAAGAUCAUCUUCAAAGAAGGAACAAGCUUUGAAAUUGGGUGCUCAUGAUUUCGUGGCUACCAAUGAGGACAAAACCUGGUACAAGAACUACGAUGAUCACUUUGACUUGAUUUUGAACUGUGCGAGUGGUGUUGAUGGUUUGAACUUGUCUGAAUAUUUGUCCACCUUGAAAGUUGACAAGAAGUUUGUUUCUGUUGGUUUGCCACCAAGUGAAGACAAGUUUGAGGUCAGUCCAUUCACCUUUUUGAAACAAGGUGCAAGUUUCGGAUCUUCCUUAUUGGGUUCCAAGGCUGAAGUCAAGGAAAUGUUGAAGUUGGCUGCCGAACAUAAUAUCAGACCAAUGAUUGAGGAAGUUCCAAUCAGUGAAGAAAACUGUGCCAAAGCAUUAGAUAGAUGUCACUCUGGUGAUGUGAGGUAUAGAUUUGUUUUCACUGAAUUCGACAAAGCUUUCAAAGCUUAG